AUGGCCGCCGCCGAGGGAAUCCCCGAGAAGAAGGUCAAGUUGGAGCCCCAGAUCAAAUCUGUCGAUAUGAGCGAGGACAUGCAACAAGAAGCAAUUGAAGUUGCCCAGGAGGCAAUGGAGAAAUUCAGCGUCGAAAAGGACAUUGCUCAACACAUUAAACGAGAGUUCGACUCGAAAAAGGGCGCCACAUGGCAUUGCAUAGUCGGUCGCAACUUUGGGAGUUUUGUCACACACGAGACCAAACACUUCAUCUACUUCUACCUGGGCCACGUCGCCAUACUGCUGUUCAAGACGCAAUAG